AUGACUGACAUCAAUGUUAAAGGCCACCAAAAACAUUUACAGUGGAGAAUGAAUGUGCUAUCAUUGAGAGAAAUUUAUGGGUGGUCGGCAAAUAAAAUUACCACAGAAUUGUGGACUUCUUACAAACCAAAUAAUAUUAGCAGAAGUGGAUUACUUUCGUUUGUUAAACGGACAAUCAAGCGUGGUACUGUUCAAGAUCGUCCAAGAUCAGGAAGACCAAAAUCCAAAAGAACGUUAUUGAAUAUUGCAAAAGCUCGUAAAAGACAUUUGAAUGUACAAAAUCGAGGACAACGAGCAACAGCUGAAAAAUUGAACAUGUCUCAGCCAUCAGUUCAAUAUAUUUUAAAACAUGAUUUAAAAUUAAAACCUUAUCACAAGACACGUGCAUCGAGAAUUACCAAGGAACAUGCUGAAUCAAGAUUAAACAGCGCAAAACAAUUACUGAAAAAAUAUGGAAGAAGUCGAAGAUCUCAAUUUUAUCAAUGGGACAAAAUGGUGAUCACAGAUUUCUGUGGUAAGAUAGGAGUCCGACAAAAGCACAAUAGCAAGAAUUUUGUUUUUUAUGCACUCGAUAAUAAAUCAAUACCAAGUGAAUUAUUCUAUGCAUAUGAAGAAAAAUUUGAGAAGGGGUUUAUGUUAUGGGGUGGAUUAACUAGCCGAGGUUUAAUUCCGGAAUCACCAUUAUUUAUCGAUGAAUUUCUUAAUGGAUAUGAAUGGAAGAAGGGUGAAAAGAAGACAAUAAAUGCCACUCGAUAUAUUGAUUUAUUAGAACAAGUUGUACCUGCAAUGGAACAAUUAUUUCCUGAUAAUGAUUAUAUUUUCCAAGAUGAUACAUCUCGUAUUCACCGUACACCUCCUGUUCUGAAAUUUGUGGAAGAAAAUAUGCCACAACGUAUUGACAUUAAUGAUCAAGCUGUCAAGAUGGAUGAUGUAUGGCCUAUUGAAAACUUAUGGAGUAUUAUUCGGAAUGAUUUAUCUAAAUAUGAAUUUAAUUCAUUACAUGAUGUCAAACAAAGAAUUAUUGAUAUAUGGAAAAAUUUUUGUGAAGAAAAAUGUGUGAAAAUGAUUGACAGUAUUUCAAAAAGGUUAAAGGCAGUCGUCCGAAAACAAGGCCAACGCAUCACGAAACGUGAUUAUUGA